AUGGCGUCGGCCCGGUCUGACCGCCCCCUGCGCACUGGGACUGCCAAGAGACCAGCAGCCGACCUCGGCGAGGAAGAGCCUGAUAUUGCUUCGGUUGCUCAGCGUCAGCGUACGCCGGACCGGGUCCGCGUCUGGUGGCCCCCAACCCGCGACAAGAACCGCACCGGCUUCAGCGGCGCGUUCUGGCCGGCGGCCGUCGUCGCGCGUGGCAAGAGCCACUUCACGGUGCGGUACGACAACGAGGACGAGGAGAGGGUCAACUGCGAAAAUAUCUUCCCAUACGAGGUGCCCGUGGACUUUGGGCACGAGGUGGAAGACCUGCAGGUCGGGGAGUUUGUGGAGGUGUCCAACAAUAGCAAGACUGACCCCUGUGCCUGGCUGGGCUACGUGGACAGAGUGCUCAAGGAGGGCUACCUGGUCAAGUACCCCUUCCACGACGCGCCGGACGAGACCAUUAAGCGCGAGCUCAUCCGCCGCGCGAGGAUCUGGGACGGGGAAGACUGGAAGCUGAUCCAGCCCAGCCAGACCUGGGCAGACGGGGAGGUAGCUUCCCCCAAGGAGUUGAACCUGCUUAGCACGCGGCACUACCUGAAGCGGUACCUGGGCAAGAACAAUGUUGAUGACGAGCCUGGCCCCGCCGGCAAGCCAAACAAGCGGAAGGGGCUGGCGGACGGCGGGGAGGGCGAGGAGGACGGCUCGGGCGGCAGCGGCAGCGGCCCCGACGACUCGGGAGCCGCGGACGCGUUGACUGACCAUGCUUGGCCCCAGCAGCAGCUGCUGCGGCAGCAGCAGCAGCAGCAGCAGCAGCAGCCCUUCAAGCUGCCGCCGCUGCCCCCCUUGCCGCCCCUGCCGCUGCUGGCGCAGCUGCUGCCCCAGACGCAGCCGCCCUCAGUUGGGCGGGAUCAGCAGCACGGGUCGCCGCCCGAGGCCCAGCAGGAUGCGCAAGCAACAGAGCAGCUGGUGCAGCGGCUGCUGGCGACCGCCUCCCUCACGCUCGCCGCGGCGCCUGCGCUGCGGCCGGUGCCCCCUGGGGCCUCGCUGGCCCUGUCGCCUGUGCCCACGUCUCCGGCGGCAGCAGGACGCGGCACGCCUGCGCCACUACCGCAGCAGCCCCAGCAGCGGGUGCCGGCCCAGCAGCAGCCUCAGCAGCAGGAGCAGGCUGGGUCGCCAGCGAGGCCCUCCCAACGGCAGCAGCAGCAAGAGCAGCAGGAGCAGAAACAGCAGCAGCAGCAGCAGCCAUCCCAGCAGCAGGCUCCUGAACAGCAGCAACGGCAGCAGGAGCAGGAGCAGCAGCAGGUGCCCGCCCAGCAGCACCACCAGGAGCAGCAGCAGCACCACCACCAGCAGCAACAGGAGCAGCAGCUGCUGCAUGCCGCAGGAGACGCACCGAUGCAGGGUGUCCCGCUGCCCCCAGAGCUGUCGGAUGCGCUGGGGGUGCCGAUGGGGACGUACGCCAUGGGCACCGUGGUGUCAAACGGCGAGGGCGGCGGGGAGUUACUGGUCCUUGCCGUCCCAAAGCGCGGCGGCGGCGGCGGCGCCUCCGCCGCCGCCGCGCUGCCGCCCGCCACCGGCGCGCCCGCGACGGCCCUGGCAGCGGCGCUGAUGGCGCAAGGCGGCCAGCUGGGCGGUGGCGGCGGCGGGGCCGCCGGCCUCGGCGGCAGCGGGCUUCCGCUCAAACGGAGAAAGAAGGACCCCCACGCCCCCAAAAAGGCUGUCUCGGGGUACCAGGUGUUCAUGUCGCGCCACCGCGGCGCUGUGGCGGACCAGAACCCGGGGCUGGGCGCGCAGGACAUGAUGAAGAUGCUGGCGCACAUGUGGAAGGCCACCAGCCAGGGGGAGCGCGAUGCCUGCGACGCAAUAGCGCAGCGCGACCGCGACCGCUACGCGCGGGAGCUCGCGCUAUACAAGGCGAACCGCUCCGCGCUCGCGGCGCUGGGGCUGAGCCCGGCGUCCAGCUUGGACCCGGGGGCGGAGGCUGACGGGGCCGGCGCGGACGAGGAGGGCCCGCACCCCCUCAAGAAGACGAAGCGCGCCAGCGACCCCGGCGCGCCGCCGAAGCCCAUCAAUGCCUACACCUUCUUCCAGGCCGACUACCGAAAGGGCCUGCCGGCCACCUUGCCGCCGCUGGACGCGUCGAAGCUCUGUGGGGAGGCCUGGCGGGCAGCAUCGCCGGAGGUCAAGGCGCCGUACGAGGCCAUGGCCAAGCUAGAAAAGGAGCGCUUUUCGGGCGCUAUGACGGCCUACCACGCGCGCCAGGCGGCCCAGGCGCAGCAGCUGGCGGCUGCUCUCAAGAUAGCCAUGGGCGGGCCCGGCGCCGGCGCCGCACCCGCCGGCGCCGUGCCAGGGGAGCGGCUGGAGGGGCCGCGGCAAGCCGGGGGGCGGCGGGAGUCGGAGGGGCGGGAGGAGGAUCUGGCGGACAUGGACACGGACGAGCACGAUCUGCAGCUGGAUCUGGCGGCGCAGCUGCCCUCUGCCGCUGGGGCGGGCUGGGAUCGCGAGGCGCCGCGGGCGGCGGAGGGGCAGCUGCCCGCGGAUGCUGCGUUGCAGCAGGCGCGGGCGCCCCAGCUCAGUCAGCUGGCUCAGCCCCUCAGCCUCGGCGGCUGCGCCGCCGCCGCCGCGCCGGGUCGCACCCCAGCCGCGCCCCCCGCGCCGCGCGCCGCCGCCAUGCCCCUCCCCCCCGGGCUGCUCCUCUCGGCCCCUCCGCCCGCGCCCCUCGCCGCGCAAUGGGCGGCGCUCGCGGCGGCGGCGGGCGUCCCGCUGCCGCCGUCUCACUAUCAGCAUCACCACCAGCAGCAGCAGCAACAGCAGCAGCAGCAGCAGCAGCAACAGCAGCUGACCCCUGACAUACUGGACGUCCUGGACUCUGGCCUUGACCUUCGUGAGGCGCGCCGCGCGCUGGCGGGCCUGUUUGGGGCCGAUGCCUACGACCUGCUGCUGGACGCGUGGCGCGGCAGCUCGGCGCGCGCGCGGGACGCGGUGCGGUCGUGGAGGGCGCACGUGGAAGGCGAGGAGCAGCCGGACUGGCGGUCCUUCAUGAUCGGCAUCUACGGCAUCUCGCGCAUGCGCACCCUGGAGCUGCCGCGGCGGCCGCAGGGCGCGGGCGCCCAGGCCGGAGGGUUUAGCGUGGGGAACCGGAAGCGCGGGCGCCCGCGGAAGGCCGGGCCGGCGGGGCCGCAGUUGCGGCAGCAGCGGGAUGAGGGCGAAGGCGAGGAGGAGGACGAGGAGGAGGACGAGGAGGCGGCGCGGGGGCACAUGCAGCCGGCGCUGCGCCCGGCCAAGGCGCGCCGCAGCGCCGCGCUGCUGCCGCACCCGCACCCGGCCGCCGCCGCGCGCGCCGCGGGGGCGCGGCAGCACCGGCCCCUCAGCAGGAUCGACUUCCCUUUCGCGAGGUGGGACGACGAGGACGCAUUCGCC